AUGUUCAAACCACCACCUAUGCUGAGACAGCAGUCCAGACAACUUAUGGUGUCGUUGAGGAAGGACCAGGUCGAGAUGGAUGUGGACGAGCUUGAUGAGAUAGACUUGUCAUCAAUUCUAGGAAGCGAAUUGGAUGAUGAACCAAUACUACAAGAGGACAAGGAUCGUGUUAGAGAAGCACUAAAGAGAGGAAUCGAUCUACGCGAGUACUCACGUGAAGUAGAGACAGAGAUGAACCAGAAUGAGAAGUUAAUGAUUGCAGACUACUUUAGUGAACAGGAUGACUUCUUGACAUUGUAUAAACAGGUGUCUGUUGUGGAUGGUGUCCUGGGGACAUUGGAGAACAUGCUCAAUCAGUUCCACAAUGAUCUGAAGAGUAUUGGUUCAGAGAUGAACUCAUUGCAAGAGCGUUCAAUGAUGAUGAGUCACAAAGUAAACAACAGAAAGUUACUAAGAGAGAAGCUAUCAGAGUUUAAUGACAUUGUAACCAUCGCUCAAGACUUUGCAAUUCGUCUAACAAAGGGAGAGAUAGAUGAUGAGUUUAUAAGUUGUUUGAUCAAGUUGGAUACAAAGAAGACAUUGUUUAAUGAUUAUAAGUCACUGAGCCCAACGAUAUGCGCUAAUAAUGAGCCACAGUUGAAUAAGUUGACAGAGGCAUCGAUAUUGAAGAUACAGAAGUACUUGCGCGACAACUUGUCCUCGUUCAAGAAGUUGUCCGAUCGCCAUCAGGUGCAGACCAACUUGGCGCGCAUGGCCUACAUGUUCCAAUUCCUCUUCAAGUACAGCACAAUGGCGGCGGCCGAGGUCAUCAACACCUACGUCGAGAACUCGGAGAAGUACUACUCCAACUACUACCGCAACUACACCACCGGCAUGCUCAAGCUGCAGGAGGACGUCAAGUCAGGCAACAAGCUCAAGCAGCUCUUCACGACCAGCCCGUCCGACAGCGGCGCCGCCAUCAACGCCCACACGCUGAUCAAUGCCAACACGCCGGCCAACUCACGCUCGCGUAUUGAGCAGCUGCGCGUCGAGGUUCUCGAGUCGGCUGCCAUUGAGCCACCUGCCGCCGCGUCGUUCUUUGAGACAGCCACCAACCUGGCCAACAUCACCAGCAGCCAGUCAAAUGCAUCCAUUCUAAAAUAUCCGUUCGACCAGGUCUACCGCUCCCUGGUCUUCUUCCUCAUCGACCUCAUCACUCAAGAGUCCAACUUUGUCACAGACUUCUUCCUCGGUGGUGAGGACAUGAUGACCACAAUCUUUGCCAAGUCCAUAGCAUUGCUUAAUGAGACAACAGAGAGCUAUGUCAACAACACCAAAGACAUGGUUGGUCUUGUAGUUUUGAUCGGUGUAUUGGAUAAUUACAAACAAAUGAUGGACAAGAAGAAGAUAUAUAUUAUGAAUCAAAUGUUCUUUGAGAGAGCGAUACCUUUGGCAUUGGAAAAGUUUAGACGACUGUUCAAGGAACACUCAGACCUGCUGAUCAGCAUCAAUGUGAAGGAGUUGAAGCCAAUCAGCCCAUCACACGCGCAUCACAUGUCGAAGCGCUUUGCCGACGUGCACGUUUGCCUCGCCGGCCUGCACACCAUCCUCACGUCAGCAGCACUGGAGGCUAAUCCAUUCUAUAAGCCACAGGUGGAGCUGAUGCACAGCGCCAUCGUCACUCUGCGAACGCACUCUCUGCAACUGCUGCGGAACAUCACCAAUGAGAUUGCCAACAAGAACGAUCAGGUCGUGUUCCUGGUGAACAACUACGCCGACGUGUUGCAAUCUCUCACAAACGAUCACAUCCCCGACACGGACGUGACGCUGAUCAAGUUCAAGGCGCUGCUCAACUCAUCGCUGGCCAAGUAUGUGAGCGAGCAGCUCACCGCGCUCAAGUACUUCACGCCACUGAUGACCUUCACGCAUGAGUGGGGCCCACUGGUCGAGUCCAACGUGACCAUCAACCCGGCGGACAACCCCACGUACAAUAGCGAUGCCGUCGAGCAGAUCUUUGCCUCGAUCGAGGUCAACUGGAAGUCAGCGGUGGCCGUCAUCAAGGACAACUCAACCAAGCACUUUGCCUCGAGUCCACUGGCACAACAGCGUGCCUUUGAGAUACUGCUCGAGGAGAUCUGUCGUCUAUACGCUCUGAUGACCACCAUUGUCAACACCAGCUUCCCACAUCUCAAGCAGUCCAGACACUUCCGUCCACAACAGUUCACCAGCGACGUCCAAUCCAUGAAGCCCUCUGUCACCUCCACCUUUGUAUAUCCAGCCUUGGCCCCAUCUUCACCUUGA